UGACAUCAUACGUCGAUUGCCAGGCAUGACGACAUAAACCAUAACUUCCAAAAGUGGCUUUUGCAGCGGGAGGAAUUGAUCAAAGAAAAGAACAGCUUGCUUGUCAUUUGCCUUGGAUUUGGUCGUCAUUAGCGACACGGGCUUGCUUUCCUUGUCGGGAGCUGUGGCUAAAAUCGGGUUUGGUAAUGACGAACGUUGACGUUUCCGCGGUUCCAUAAAACCCCAAUCAUCCUCCUUCCCUUCCUUUUCUAUCUCUUCAACACCACACACAUAAACAACACAAACAACUAUCGCCUUCACCAACACCCCACAAUUGACUACUUCUUCUACUCAAAAGACUUUCCUCAUCCCACCACAAACACAAACACCAUGUCGUCUUACACUCUCGAAUACCUCCCCCCCGUCAAGCCCUCUGCCAUUGCCCUCGGCACAGUGUUCAACCAAGCCGCGAACCUCGCCGUCCUCACCCCCAUCUUCGGAGAGACCUACCGCCGCGCUCAGCACGCCGACUCUAAGGAGGAGUUCAUCAAGAGCAAGGAGGCUGCCUCCGCCGCUGCUCUCUACGGCUCUACCCUCGUCGGCUCUGGUAUCCAGACCUACGCCGUCGCUGCCGUCCUCAACCACUGCGGUAUCCUCUCCUACAAGGGUGCCGCCUACGUUGGAGGCCUGAUCUUUGCUGCUACCUCCGUUCCUCUGUUGGUCACCCAGAUCUUCCAGGAGCGCAGGCCCGCUGAGAUGGUUGCCGUCAAGGCCGCCGUCGGAUUGGUUGACACCGUCGGACUGGCUGUGUUCCUCACCUACUGGGGAACCCGCCCCGCCCACGACCUUCUCCGGUAAAUGUGCGGUUUGGUGAGAUGUUGGCAUUCGAUUUUUGUAAUUUUACGGCUGGUUUAGUAGAUUGAAUUUCAGGCGAAUGGGCAUGGGGAUUGAUUGAUUGAAUGAUUGGGAUGGGAUUGGAUGGUCAAAGUGGGUUGAAGAUUGGUAGCAAUGCCAAU